CGGCGGGGCGGCUGCGGGCGCCGCGGAGGAGGCGGAGGCGCCGGGCGCGGAUGCCGCCUGGUAGGCCACGGGCCUGCGCACCAGGGGCGCAUGGGACGCCGGUUUCGGUGGAUCCGCCCGCUGCAAAGCUGAAGUUCCUCGGCUCCCUGGCAGCGCCACCAAUAAAAGAUGACGGAGGGCCGUCGAUGUCAAGUACAUCUUCUUGAUGACAGGAAACUGGAACUCCUAGUACAGCCCAAGCUUUUGGCCAAGGAGCUGCUUGACCUCGUAGCCUCUCACUUCAAUCUGAAGGAAAAGGAAUACUUUGGAAUCGCCUUCACAGAUGAGACGGGACACUUAAACUGGCUUCAACUAGAUCGAAGAGUGUUGGAACAUGACUUCCCCAAAAAGUCAGGACCAGUGGUUUUGUACUUUUGUGUCAGGUUCUACAUAGAAAGCAUUUCGUACCUGAAAGAUAAUGCCACCAUUGAGCUCUUCUUUCUGAAUGCCAAGUCCUGUAUCUACAAGGAGCUGAUUGAUGUGGACAGCGAGGUGGUGUUCGAAUUAGCCUCCUAUAUCUUACAGGAGGCAAAGGGAGAUUUUUCUAGCAAUGAAGUGGUAAGGAGCGACUUGAAGAAGCUGCCAGCACUUCCCACCCAAGCGCUGAAGGAGCAUCCUUCCCUGGCCUACUGUGAGGACCGAGUGAUUGAGCACUAUAAGAAACUGAACGGCCAGACCAGAGGUCAAGCAAUUGUAAACUACAUGAGCAUCGUGGAGUCUCUCCCAACCUACGGGGUUCACUAUUAUGCAGUGAAGGACAAACAGGGGAUACCGUGGUGGCUGGGACUGAGCUACAAAGGAAUCUUCCAGUAUGACUACCAUGAUAAAGUGAAGCCAAGGAAGAUAUUCCAAUGGAGACAGUUGGAAAACCUGUAUUUCAGAGAAAAGAAGUUUUCCGUGGAAGUUCAUGACCCACGCAGGGCUUCAGUGACAAGGAGGACGUUCGGACACAGCGGCAUUGCGGUGCACACGUGGUACGCGUGUCCAGCAUUAAUCAAGUCCAUUUGGGCUAUGGCAAUUAGCCAACACCAGUUCUAUCUGGACAGAAAGCAGAGUAAGUCUAAAAUCCAUGCGGCACGAAGUCUGAGCGAGAUCGCCAUCGACCUGACGGAGACUGGGACGCUGAAGACCUCAAAGCUGGCCAACAUGGGCAGCAAGGGCAAGAUCAUCAGCGGCAGCAGUGGGAGUCUCCUGUCGUCAGGUUCUCAGGAAUCAGAUAGCUCUCAGUCUGCCAAGAAAGACAUGCUGGCCGCCUUGAAAUCCAGGCAGGAAGCUCUGGAGGAAACGCUACGCCAGCGGCUGGAGGAGCUGAAGAAACUCUGCCUCCGAGAAGCUGAGCUGACGGGCAAACUCCCCGUGGAAUAUCCCUUGGAUCCAGGAGAGGAACCACCCAUUGUUCGAAGAAGAAUUGGGACGGCCUUCAAACUGGAUGAGCAGAAAGUCCUGCCCAAAGGAGAGGAAGCCGAGCUGGAACGCCUGGAACGAGAGUUUGCCAUUCAAUCCCAGAUUACGGAGGCUGCCCGCCGCCUAGCCAGUGACCCCAACGUCAGCAAAAAACUGAAGAAACAAAGGAAGACCUCCUAUCUGAAUGCACUGAAGAAGCUGCAGGAGAUUGAAAAUGCAAUCAACGAGAACCGUGUCAAGUCUGGGAAGAAACCCACCCAGAGGGCUUCGCUGAUCAUCGAAGAUGGAAAUAUUGCCAGUGAAGACAGUUCCCUCUCAGAUGCCCUUGUUCUAGAGGAUGAAGACUCUCAGGUCACCACACUGUCCCCCUUACAGUCUCCUCACAAGGGACUCCCUCCUCGGCCACCAUCGCACAACAGGCCGCCCCCGCCCCAGUCCCUGGAAGGACUCAGGCAGAUGCACUAUCACCGCAACGACUAUGACAAGUCACCCAUAAAGCCCAAAAUGUGGAGUGAGUCCUCUUUAGAUGAGCCUUACGAGAAGGUCAAGAAACGUUCCUCUCACGGUCAUUCCAGCAGCCACAAGCGUUUCCCCAGCACGGGGAGCUGUGCCGAAGCAGGAGGGGGAAGCAGCUCCCUGCAGAACAGCCCCAUCCGCAGCCUGCCUCACUGGAACUCGCAGUCCAGCAUGCCGUCCACACCAGACCUCCGGGUCCGGAGUCCCCACUAUGUUCAUUCCACGAGGUCGGUGGACCUCAGCCCCACGCGACUGCACAGCCUCGCGCUGCACUUUAGGCACCGGAGCUCCAGCCUGGAGUCCCAGGGCAAGCUCCUGGGCUCGGAGAACGACACGGGCAGCCCCGACUUCUACACCCCACGGACUCGUAGCAGCAACGGCUCCGACCCCAUGGACGACUGUUCGUCCUGCACCAGCCACUCGAGCUCGGAGCACUACUACCCGGCGCAGAUGAACGCCAACUACUCCACGCUGGCCGAGGACUCGCCGUCGAAGGCGCGCGCGCGGCAGCGGCAGCGACAGCGGGCGGCGGGCGCGCUGGGCGCGGCGAACUCGGGCAGCAUGCCCAACCUGGCGGCGCGCGGCGGCGGCGCGCACGGCGUCUACCUGCACAGCCAGAGCCAGCCGAGCUCGCAGUACCGCAUCAAGGAGUACCCGCUGUACGUGGAGGGCGGCGCCACGCCCGUGGUGGUGCGCAGCCUGGAGAGCGACCAGGAGGGCCACUACAGCGUCAAGGCGCAGUUCAAGACCUCCAACUCCUACACGGCGGGCGGCCUGUUCAGGGAGAGCUGGCGCGGCGGCGACGAGGGCGACGCGGGCCGGCUGACGCCGUCGCGCUCGCAGAUCCUGCGGACUCCGUCGCUGGGCCGCGAGGGCGCCCACGACAAGGGCGCGGGGCGCGCCGCCGUCUCGGACGAGCUGCGCCAGUGGUACCAGCGCUCCGCGGCCUCGCACAAGGAGCACAGCCGCCUGUCGCACACCAGCUCCACCUCCUCGGACAGCGGCUCCCAGUACAGCACCUCCUCCCAGAGCACCUUCGUGGCGCACAGCAGGGUCACCAGGAUGCCCCAGAUGUGCAAGGCCACGUCAGCUGCCUUACCUCAAAGCCAGAGAAGUUCAACGCCGUCGAGUGAAGUUGGAGCGACCCCCCCAAGCAGUCCCCACCACAUCCUAACCUGGCAGACUGGGAGCUACAGUGAUAGCUGUUUCCUGGAUUCCUCCCUCUAUCCAGAACUAGCUGACGUCCAGUGGUACGGGCAGGAAAAAGCCAAGCCCGGGACCCUCGUGUGAGCCAGCAGGCCUCAAUCUGACCGACUCAACGCCAUUCUGAGAUCACCUCACUGCCUCUCAUUUGCCUUACCCAGACACACUGUCACCCUGCACCAGCUUCAGCCCUCAGCACUUUUUUUCUCCUGUCUCCGCAUUCCCUCACCCUCAAAAACCUGACUGAGGAGACAUUCUGGAAGGUUCCGGUCCCACUGUGUGUCACCUGGCUCUCUUGCCCACAGAGAGCCAGGCACCAAUCCUCAAUGGCACCUUGGGGGCUUCUCCCUGCCGUGACAGCCUCCAGGCCAGGAACUGUCAGGGUAGCUGGCUGGCAUCAAAUUCCUGUGGACACGUGGCAUUGGUAGAGACCAGGAAAGGGGACUUAAGUACAGGGUGAUCCAGAAAGACUUAUUAAGCUGUGGCCAGCCUGCCACCUGUAGGCCAACCAAGCACUUUGGGAAAAGGAUGCUUCCUGGGAAUAUUCAGUUGACACCUGAAAUAUUCCCUGGGCAUGGAGUGGCUGUUGGGGGAGGGAAGAACGAAAAAGGAGGCUUAACAUGUCCGAGAUGCAUCAGAGGAUCACAAUCAGUUCUAUGCUGCCAAAGAUUUAAAAAAUUAAAAAAUAAAAAAAAAAUAAGAGGGGCCAAGAGGAAGACAUUCUUUCUGCAAUGAAAUCUCUUCUUUUAAAUUCUAAACUGCUACUACACACCACAAGUGAAAGUCAACCAUUUGUAAAUUGUUCCCCCUCUUCAUCCCUCUCCCUUAACGUUCCACCUUCUCUCUCAGUCGAGCCUGAAAAACUAACCCAAUGUGAUGGUCAAGUCGGGGAGUUUUGGCUGGCACUGCUGACUUGGAUCUCCGUGAGUCUGGACACGAAGGAGAACAGACCUGUGGGGGGUGGCAGAGUGUCCUAUCAGCCCUGGUCUGUACGGGGUUCAGCCUAAGCCCAAGACACAAAGCUGCUUUCCUUUGGGGGUUUGUAGGAAACGUACAGUGAUGAUUGCCAAAAGUGGUUCUCUGUCAUUAAAACAACCAGUAAAAGUGUAUCCUAUUUUUUUGCACAAGGUGUUUCAUUUUAUUUUUUAUGGGAAACCAAGGGAAAAGCACACUGCGAUCCAUUCGAGUGUUUAACUGUUGUGGCUCAUUUUAUGUUUGUUAGCACUUGUGUGACAAAGAGCUCAGAUCCGACUUCUCUCGGUACCCGGUUACCAAUGUGUCACUUAGUCUAAGAACCCAACUAUGCCCUUACGUAGAAAGAUUUUACUCACGUCUACUAGCAGAGCAGGGUUGAAAAAAAUAUCAGCUCCCAGAGGACCUGGCCUAUAAGCCUACAUCAUCAUCAGCCAUCCUGAUGUACCAUAUUAGUCUGCAGAUACCAAAAGAGGAAGAAAGAAGGAAAAGAGAAAAGAGGUGUGUGGGAGCUGCUCGUUUACAUGUGUUUUGAGCUAUGCUUAAUACACAACUGGAAAGCCAUCAAUCUUCAAAGGCCUCAAAAAUACUUUUAUAAUAACAAGUGCACACUCUUAGUUGGGUUAUUCAAAAUGGCACAAACACGGUCUCCACAGGGGUGGUAUGCUGUGCUUAUUGGCGCAAGUGGCGGGGGGACAGUAUUUUUUCUCAUUUGUAAUGACUUUCUAUUGGAAAGGCAUUUGAUAGCCAGGGACAGGAGCCAGG